AUCUAUAGGUUUUGAUGGUUUAGUUGGUAACCCGCACUCAACCCAGAAGUGAACCACCAACAGAGAUCGCUUAGUGUAGCUUCUUCAACGGCAUUGUGGUUGUCCGUUCAUAAGUAUCUAGCCUUUAUUGGUCGUGUCAGAUCGAUCGAUCGAAUUCAAUAGCAGCGUUGAAUUCUGAAUCGAUACAACGAAUAUUUUGGGAUACAAAAAUCCGCAAAAAGGAUUAAUUCAGAGACACACACACAUAUAAGAAAGGAUUACGCGCUCACGACCGGGAGUUGUGAUUGAAUUGUGCUUAAAAUGAGGAGCGCUUUUAUUAUUUUGGCGCUUUGCGUCGCCGGGCUUUGUGCUGAUGCUAGCACGGAUACCCUUUUGAGAAAGGCACGUGCCGCUCAGGGUUAUGAUUAUCCACCACCCUCUAUUCCAUUCCCCGAGCCAACGAGGCCACCACCAGUGGUGACGCGUCCACCAGCACCGAAGACUACUCGUCCACCACCCCCACCGGUGACACGCCCACCACCAACUUACUUGCCACCCACAAACAAACCACAGCCUCCGGCACCGAAGCCAACAACUCGUCCACCACCACCACCGGUGACGCGUCCACCAGCACCGAAGACAACUCGUCCUCCUCCACCACCGGUGACACGCCCACCACCAACUUACUUGCCACCCACAAACAAACCACAGCCUCCGGCACCUAAGCCAACAACUCGCCCACCACCACCACCAGUGACGCGUCCACCAGCACCGAAGACAACUCGUCCUCCUCCACCACCGGUGACACGCCCACCACCAACUUACUUGCCACCCACAAACAAACCACAGCCUCCGGCACCUAAGCCAACUACUCGUCCACCACCACCACCGGUGACCCGUCCACCAGCACCGAAGACAACUCGUCCUCCUCCACCACCGGUGACACGUCCACCACCAGUAGAGCGUACCACAUAUGUUUACAAUGUACCAGAAAAUCCAUUGACCUAUCCUCCACCAACCAAUAAACCACAACCACCAGCACCAAAACCAACUACUCGUCCACCACCACCACCAGUGACUCGUCCACCAGCACCAAAAACUACCCGUCCACCACCCCCACCAGUGACUCGUCCACCACCAACUUACUUGCCACCCACCAAUAAACCACAACCCCCAGCACCAAAACCAACUACUCGUCCACCACCACCACCAGUGACUCGUCCACCAGCACCGAAGACAACUCGUCCUCCACCCCCAGUGACGAAGCCACCACCAACAUACUUGCCACCAACCAAUAAACCACAACCACCAGCACCAAAACCAACUACUCGUCCACCACCACCAGUCACUCGUCCCCCUCCACCAAGAACUACACCUGGACCAACAUACUUGCCACCCACCAAUAAACCACAACCACCAGCACCUAAACCAACAACACGUCCACCACCACCACCAGUGACUCGUCCACCAGCACCGAAGACAACUCGUCCUCCACCCCCAGUGACGAAGCCACCACCAACUUACUUGCCCCCAACCAAUAAACCACAACCCCCAGCACCAAAACCAACAACUCGUCCACCACCACCAGUGACUCGUCCACCAGCACCGAAGACAACCCGUCCUCCACCUCCAGUGACGAGACCACCACCAACUUACUUGCCACCCACCAACAAACCACAACCUCCGGCACCUAAGCCAACAACUCGUCCACCACCACCACCAGUGACUCGUCCACCACCACCAAAGACUACCCGUCCACCACCCCCACCUGUGACUCGUCCACCACCACCAAGAACUACACCAGGACCAACUUACUUGCCACCCACCAACAAACCACAACCACCAGCACCAAAACCAACAACUCGUCCACCACCACCACCAGUGACUCGUCCACCAGCACCGAAGACAACUCGUCCUCCACCCCCAGUGACGAAGCCACCACCAACUUACUUGCCACCAACCAAUAAACCACAACCACCAGCACCAAAACCAACUACUCGUCCACCACCACCAGUGACUCGUCCACCAGCACCGAAGACAACUCGUCCUCCACCACCAGUGACGAAGCCACCACCAACUUAUUUGCCACCAACCAAUAAACCACAACCACCAGCACCUAAGCCAACAACUCGUCCACCACCACCAGUCACUCGUCCCCCACCACCAAGAACUACACCAGGACCAACAUACUUGCCACCCACCAACAAACCACAACCUCCAGCACCUAAACCAACAACUCGUCCACCACCACCACCAGUGACUCGUCCACCAGCACCGAAGACAACUCGUCCUCCACCUCCAGUGACGAGACCACCACCAACAUAUUUGCCACCUACCAACAAACCCCAACCACCAGCACCAAAACCAACCACUCGUCCACCACCACCAGUGACUCGUCCACCAGCACCGAAGACAACCCGUCCUCCACCACCAGUGACGAGACCACCACCAACUUACUUGCCACCUACCAACAAACCUCAACCACCAGCACCUAAACCAACAACUCGUCCACCACCACCAGUGACUCGUCCACCAGCACCGAAGACAACCCGUCCUCCACCUCCAGUGACGAGACCACCACCAACUUACUUGCCACCCACUAACAAACCACAACCCCCAGCACCAAAACCAACAACUCGUCCACCACCACCAGUGACUCGUCCACCAGCACCGAAGACUACCCGUCCUCCACCUCCAGUGACGAGACCACCACCAACUUACUUGCCACCCACCAACAAACCUCAACCACCAGCACCAAAACCAACAACUCGUCCACCACCACCAGUGACUCGUCCACCAGCACCGAAGACUACCCGUCCACCACCCCCACCUGUGACUCGUCCACCACCACCAAAGCCUCAGCCAACACCCAAGGAUGAUGGCUACAAAUACCCCGUGCCAAGCAUUCCUUUCGAGUUUUAGGUGUCAACUGUAACAGUUGAUGUACUCAAUUUUAUGUUAAGAAAGAUAGCCUGCGAGUUUUAAAAGUUUAUUUAAAAAGUGGUGAAGCUCAUUAACGCCGAAAGCUGACAAUCUAGCGAUGUGGUACCAACAAGCAAACUAGGGCUAGAUUCAUCUAGUCAAUACAAUAUGAGAACGUUAUUUUUGCUUUCGACUCCAAAAGAGCUCUAGCAAGAAUUUCAAAUGUUUUUCCUUUUUGUUUUAUACUUAAAAAUACUCUUACAAUUAGAAAUACUUAUUUUAAUUGAAAAAAAAUAUCCACGAUUUUGUUUUUGUAUUUCGGAUGAAAUUUUUUACCGUUUUUGUAGGGAAAAAUGUCAUUGUAUGAAAGAGUUUAUUGAAAUCAAUAAAUUAUGUAUGUACCUAAA